UAGACAUAUGGAACAAACAAUUUUUUGACUACUCAACCAAAGCAAUACAAUUUGACCUUUACACUUUAGACUUCGAUCAAAAUUUUGAAUUCAAGACACCCUGUAAACCUACUAUUUCAUUAAGCGAUUAGGACAGUAUAAACCUAAACGUUAAUCUUCUUCAAAAACAGAUAACAAUUAAAAUUAUGCCUGAUACAGAUAAAAUUAUAAAAUAAAUACUAGCAUUACUUGUAAAAUGUUGAAUUAACGCCAAUAUCUUGUCACAAUGCAGAAGUCCCUGUUGUGUUUGCUAAUUAUCGUUUACACCGCAGUUGCGGUUCCGAUAUCCUCAGAGUACUCUGAGGACCGCACAUACCCCCGAUUCAUCGAAUUCCCCGAUGGCGAGGGAAACAUGCACACCGUGGACCUCGAGGCUGAGCCUGACAUGGAACUCCUCGCAGAAAUCGAGAGGAACCCUGCCAACAACCAGUACUUGUUGUACACCAGACGUAACCAGAGAAUUUCCCAAACUUUGGUGAUCAACAAUGCCAACUCUAUAACCAACUCGAACUUCAACGCUCGAGUCCCAACAGUGGUUAUUGCUCACGGAUGGCUCAGCAACCAAUACACCGACAUCAACCCCACCAUCAGGGACGCUUACUUGAAAAAGAGUGACGUCAAUGUCAUUGUUUUGGACUGGAGAAGAUUGGCGUUGUCUGACUACGCUACAGCAGCCCGAGGUGUACCCGCAGUCGGUCGCGGUCUUGGACAGUUCUUGGCUUUUCUGAACAGAGUUACUGGCCAGGCUUUCACUGAAAUGCACCUUGUCGGCUUCAGCUUGGGCGCUCACCUCGUCGGUAAUGCUGGUCGUGAACUCAAUGGAAGAGUCGCUCGUGUUACAGGCGGAAAAUACCAUGGCCAUUUUUACAUUGUCUUUUUCUUUUUUAAAGCUUUGGACCCUGCUGGUCCUCUAUGGAACUACAACACCAACCGUGUCAACCCCCGUGACGGUGUCUACGUGGAAGCUAUCCACACUGAUGGUGGUUACACCGUCGGAGGUCUUGGUAUCGGCACCAACGUCGCCAAUGCUGACUUCUACCCCAACGGUGGUAUCUCCCAGCCUGGUUGUUACACCAACCUCUGCAACCACAACCGUGCCUGGGAAUUCUUUGCUGCUACUGUCACAUACAACCACUUGGUUGGACGUCAGUGCGCUACCCAGACUCAGCUGACCUGGAACAACUGCCGUGGUUCUCAACUUCGUAUGGGCAACGAUGACUUAAGGAAAUCAGGAUCUGGAAUGUACCGCUUGGACACUGGCAGAAGAUACCCUUACUAAUUUGACGAAGUUAUUCAUUUAUGCAUAAAUAUUAUGUUAAAAAAAUUGUUUAGUACCAAAAAAAAUUAAAAUAAUCAACAAUUCGGCCUAAUAAGUAUUCUUACA